AUGCCCGCCGCCACAUUCAACCGAGAGCGCACCGUCGGAUCUCAGCUCCCAACAAGCCGCUCCAGCCAAGGUUUCCAAGAUGCCAUCGUCGAAGAAUCCCAAGACCCUCGCCAAGUAGCACCACAUGUCACCGCCAAUGGAUUCCCUUUUGCCAACGACGGAUCCGUACAAGCCAACUUUGAAAACUUUAUGAUGGGCAUUGCCCUCGACCAGACCGUCAGCGACCUCUCCUCCUUUAGCCGGGCAUCCCAUGGCAACAACGGAUCCAACUGCAAUGUCCCGGCAACGGCAACAUCGACGGUGACGGGCACAACAACUGCGGCCCUCAGCCAAACUCAGUUGCUUUCUGGAUCACGAUCAUAA